ACCAUAAUAAAAGGUAACUAUAAACACACUGAUAAAUUGUGUGAGAGGGGCAUUAAAGAUGAAUACUUUUUUUUCUCCCCAGAUAAAGAGAUUGAGAGUGAAGAGGACAAGAGACAAUCUAAUGCAACAGAAUGCAGUGGAGAAAAGUCAUAUCGGUGUUUACAAUGCAGUAAGAUAUUCACGGAUGAGAGCACUUUAAUUCUACAUCGGAAAGCAUGCUGUAGAGAAGAGGGAAUUGUUAGCAGUUUUAGAACAAAGUUAGAUAUGAGCUUUAAGUGCCCCCAUUGUGAUAAGAUUUUUGAUUAUGAUAAUAAUCUAAUGACCCAUAUGGGAAUACAUGAAAAUGGAGAUGAACCUUAUCUUUGCCCUCAUUGUAAGAAGGGUUUUGCCAAAAAGGUCUUUCUUAUACAUCAUAUAAGAACACACACAGGAGAAAAGCCUUAUGAUUGUUCUCACUGUGAGAAGAUAUUUUCUAGAAAGUCUCAUCUAACAUUGCAUAUGAGAACACAUACUGGUGAAAAGCCUUAUCAUUGCUCUUAUUGCGAGAAGAAAUUUUCUGACAAGUGUGAUCUUACCCGUCAUAUGAGGACACACACAGGAGAAAAACCUUAUGAUUGUUCUCACUGUGAGAAGAUGUUUUCUAGAAAGUCUCAUCUUACAAUGCAUAUGAGAACACAUACUGAUGAAAAGCCUUAUCAUUGCUCUUAUUGUGAGAAGAAAUUUUCUCAGAAGAGUAAUCUUACCCGUCAUAUAAGAACACACACAGGAGAAAAGCCUUAUGAUUGUUCUCACUGUGAGAAGAUAUUUUCUAGAAAGUCUUGUCUUACAAUGCAUAUGAGAACACAUACAGGAGAAAGGCCUUAUCAUUGCUCUUAUUGUGAGAAGAAAUUUUCUGAGAAGAGGAGUCUUACCCAUCAUAUAAGAACACACACAGGAGAAAAGCCUUGUGAUUGUUAGCUCUAUGGCUGGAAGGGCCAGAUGAACUUAUGACGUGGUGUGUCGUCUGUCAUCUAUUGUCCGUCCUUAAUUUCAAAAUGCUUCGUUGUCAUUUCAAGUCUGAUUUCAAUUCUGUUUGCUUUAUAUGAUAGCAGUAGGUGGGGGAUUCAAAACUUAAUACCUAACUUAAACGUAAUAAUCCCUCCCGUCAUAUAAAAAUACAUACUGGAGAAAAGCCGUAUAAAUGUUCCAAGUGUAAGUCGAUUUUCUGAAAAGGGGACUCUUACCUGUCAUUUGAGAACACAUACAAAUGAAAAGCCUUAUAAAUGCACUCAAUAUCUGAAAGGAUUUAUUUCCAAAAGUGCUCUUACACGCCACAUUAGAACACAUACUUGAGAAAAACCUUAUAUUUGCUCUCAUUUUGAGCAUUGUGAGAAGAGAUUUUGUACAAAGACCAAUCUUAUCCUUCACAAAAGAACUUAUACUGGAAAAAAGCCUUAUUCUUGCUGUCAUUGUGAGAGGAAGUUGUAGAAAGACCAGUCUUAUCCUUCACAUAAGAACACAGACUGGAAAAAAGCCUUAUAAAUGCACUCAAUGUCUGAAAGGAUUCAUUUCCAAAAGCACUCUUACACACCACAUAAGAACUUAUACUGGAAAAAAGCCUUAUUCUUGCUCUCAUUGUGAGAGGAGAUGUUGUAGAAAGACCAGUCUUAUCCUUCACCUAAGAACUAAUACUGGAAAAAAGCCUUAUUCUUUGCUUUUAUUGAGAGAAAAGAUUUUCUGAGAGAAGGACAUUAAUCCAUCAUGUGAGUACACAUACUGGAGAAAAGUCACUGAACUGACCCAUUAUGAAAGAACACAUACUAGAGGAAAGCUUUAUGCUUGAAAAAUCUCAUUACUAAUUAUGCUUAUAUAUGUAUGAAAUAAAAGAUUUGCUCUUAUUAUUUAAAUAAGGCACACAGAUAGGUAUUGUUUUUCACAGACUCUGUAAGAUUUUGAACAAAGGUUCCUCUCCCAAAUCAUUAUAAUCCCAAUUUUAUUAAUUUUGGUUGUUUUGAAAAUUUCUUAUAUGUUUCUCUUUUUGUGCUUAUAAAUGUUUUAUUGCUUUGAUAAAAAUUUGUUGGCAACUCUGAAUCUAGUUUAAUCAGUAAUAGUAAUGAUAUUUUUAUAAAUUUUGGCCAAAAUCACAAUUUGCAGUGGAUUUGUACAUAAAUUCACGAUUUUGAGCAAUUGUGGGUCCGACAUAUUAAAGAGAUAUGUGAUUCAGCCCUCCCAGUCUUCUUGUUAUUAUAUACAUGUAUGACAUAAUUUUUCACAUGAAUGAAUUUGCAUAUUCAUUAUAAUAAAAUAAUUAUUUAGGAUUUUAUUAUAUACUGGUUUGUAUGGGAAUUUAUGAUGUUGUAUGGCAAAAAUACCAUGUUAAAACUUCAAAUCCACAAAAUGAACUCUUUAUCACAUUUGAGGUUGUUUCCAGCCCAAAAAAACAAAAAGCACUGCAAGGAGAGACACCCUGUCAGAGUAGCGACCUUAUUGUGAUAAAUGAGGACAGAGUAUGGGCCUAAGUGAUGCGGUGCGCAACGAAACGUCACUAGAGAAAGGGGCUAUUGGCGAGCGCUAAAUCUGGGUCAUUUUCCUUGAAAGUUUGGUUUUGGGUCUCCAUCUACAUGUACAUUACGAGCACUUUCUGGACGUUUGGUCAUGUUAGAACAAAGUAAAUACAAAUUUUCCUACUUCCUAUUUCUAUUCAGGCAGUAACGUAAGAAUUUGUUUACUCUGUUACGUAAGAUGAUGAGGAUUGCAGCUGACAGCGAGUUCAAUUCAAAAGCAUCAGCUCGCAUGGGGCAUAAUCAGUUAUCAAAAUAUCCCACUUUCAAAUCUAUAGAAAUGUGUUAAACUGGUGGGGUGUUCUUAACUGGGGAUUUUCCAAAUAGUAAGGGGUGCAAAUGCCAAAUUUUGGUGCAAUCGCACAAAUGGUGGCUCAGAUCAGAGGGGGGUGGGGCAUAUUGGUCCCUCCUUUAACCAGCCCUUUUGUCGUGUGAAGGUUCUACAUGUAUUUGGUACCUGUACUAAAACUGCCCCGGAUAUCAUUUAGUGCUUUAACCCAAUUUCAUGCACAAAGUCAAUACAAAAUGUGUUUUCUGCAAAGUUCACAUAAUAUUUACACAUAGGAGAGUUAUGUAGUGAAUGAGAGCAAAAGUAUGAUUUCAUGAAUAAAUGAGUAUAAUUUGGUUGUAUGAAAUUGAAGUGAAAUUCAACUACUUGUGCGCAUAUGUAAUAUCAUUUACUACCAUAAUGCAACAUUUUUGUUGUGACAGCACAAUUCAUAGCCAAGAUCAUUCGGGAAAUGACGAGACUAAAUAUACCCCGGCUCUAUUAGGCUUAAAAAGUGAAAAUGUACAAGUGACAGAAAAAGCCAUAUGAAUUUAAAGGUAAAUGCUAGUUUUGGUAACGAUAUCAAAAUGAGUUCGUACAGAAUCCAAUGAAAUGACCACCAAAGUGUCUGUUUGUAUAAAUAAAACGCAUGUGCCAAAGGAUUCUGGAAGAAAUUGUGUAAUUGCUGAGAAAUCAGCAAAUAAGCACAGGAUUCGGGUAGAGCGUCGGGCCCGACGCUCAAAGCAAUAAUUAUACACUGUCCCACGUGCGCUUAUCUGUGUUGGGGAAGUUCAGUCUGAACAUUUUUCAGCGUAGAUUUCAAGAUUUCACAAAGUUCAGUUUAUGUAACUGUACCAGAUCUAGAUCCUCGAUGAUAUACUGACAAUUAAGCCUGGUUUUACAGACUUUCUCAUGAAAUCAGUGUUUACUGCAACUAUUGGAAUUUCUCUUUAAUAACAUACAUGUGUUACAACACAUUAUUGAAGAAAUUAAAUGAUGCUUUUUCAGUUGGAGAUAUUUUGAAAGUGUCUAUCAGAACUUGCAGAAUAAGACAUUACAAUUUUUUUUCAAGUUGUCCUCAUAAUCCUCUAUGUGACCUGAUAUAUAGCCAGAAUAAAUUUGCAUCUCAUUGAAAGUUUGGAUUUUUAGUUUGCAGUUCAUUCAUGUCAAUGGCUCAAGAAGCCAAAGAGGUUUACAUAUCACUAUCAGCUUAUUACAUGUAUUCCUUGUGGUUGAUAUUGCAAAUAAAAAUCGUAAAACUUGUCAACUGGACUUACUU